UACUUACAGUAGCAAAAUCGCGAGCCAGUGAGAUUGGUGAGUUCUUAAGUAACCGGUGAACGAUUGAAAUUGAAAAUCUGUACGUCUCAUUUGGCUGUCGUUGAGCGAGCGAAGAAAACGUGAGCAAGCAAGAAUUGUUAGAGUUAAACGGAAAUUGUUAUUGGGCCUAGUGAAGCAGAAAAUGUUCGCAUUGUGGUAUUUGUCUUUUGCAAUCGAUGAAAUACGAAAACAUUUCGGUUGGUUUUUUGAUAACUUGAAUAUAAAGCUUGGCAAAAAUGCUAUAGAAAAUAAGCCACAACCGCCGCUGCAGCCACAAACACAGCCAAGUGCAACGAAAAAAAUCGCAGAAACUAAACCAGUGGUGGCUGACCCCAAGCCAGUUAAACCAGAAGUGAAGCCUGCUGCCACCGUCGCUCCCCCAUCAGUUCCGACUCCAUCAAAACCGAUUGAGAAACCCGCACCAGCCACACCACCUUCGACGCCCGUAUCAAGCCCAUCCGUAAAGCCAGCACCAAGUCCUGUUGCUUUGAAAAAAGAAGCAGUGACCGAUGCAUUAGAUAGAAAAUUGCAAGAGGUGAAGAAACCUUUCGAGAAUGGAAAUGAGAAACUUAAGGAUAAUUUGAAGGAUGCCACAACUGGAUUUUUACAAAAGGAGUCACAAAAACCAUCAGAAAGCGCUUCGCCCAUAAAAUAAAAUAAAG